CUUAAAUAUUGCCCAUGUAUGAAAGACUGCAUUACAAGAAUCAGCUCUUUUUUAACGAUAACGCAGUGUUGCUUACUUGUCUGCAAGCAGUGGAACGUGAAGAUAAGGCGUAGACGAGACACAGUGGUGGUGAUGACUCGAGAUGAGACGACGAAUUCAACAACAAUUCGUGAAUUUAACUUUUUACAUAUCAACACCACUGGCACGUGCCAUAUGAUCAGCGAUCUUCGUGCGUCCACUCGUUAUAUCGUCUAUGUGACAGCCAGAAAUGAAUACGGUGCAAGUGUGCCAAGUGUUCGUUCAAUUGCCAGCACAAAUGCGCACAUGGUGAAGAACAAUGACAGUAUUCCAGAUGUGAUGAAGUGCUGUAAAGUGAACAAAGUGUCGGAAUUCUGUCGUUCAAAGAUGUGCAACGUAGAGACUUCACCAAAUGCGUUCGCAACCGUCUCGAUCGCAACCACCUGUCGUGUCGAGUGGCCAAAGGUGUCACCGUGUCUGGCCGACGGUCGUAACCAUACGGAAUGCUGUCGCCGCAAAGGUGUCCAGGAAGACUGCUUGUCAAUUUGUGCCGGAUCUACUGAAACACUCGGUGUUCACUCGGUUUUGUGCCUCAAUCUUGAUCUCCAGGCUAUUUAUCAAUGUCUUAGAGAGGGUUAUGAAACGCAUCCUUCUCCACCAGUAAACGUCACUGUCACUUCUACUAGUGACUCGUCAGUUGAAAUAUCAUGGGAGGAACCGAACUCGAAUGCUCAUCUCGUUGAGACGUACACGUUGCUGAUUAGGAAAACUGAGCACGGAGCGCCAAUCCGGGAGGUGCAUAACGCUGUUUCCCCUCAUACCGAGAUCGGCCUCGAUCCGGACAGCGAGUACCUGGUUUCUGUUCGAUCGAAUUCCGAAAAGGGCCAGUCAUUACCAUCGACAUCUGUCCUUUUCUACACUAAAUCGAAUAGUCGAGGAGUGUGCCUAAUUGGAGAACCGUUGCUAAUUUCAGAAGCUCGACCGUUUCUCUGCAGUUCGAGCCAUCCUUGUCCGCUCGGUUUUCAGUGUAUGGACGCCGAAGACGAAGGUUUUUGUUGCCAAAAAGACUCUGGAAAUUCGAAUGACGACUUCCAAGACUGCUGCCGUCAUCAGAAAGUGUCACCCGAUUGUCAGUCAACUUGCUAUUUCAACGUCACACUUCCAGAACGCUGUCGACGUGAUCUAAACAAGUGGGUCCAGUGCGCAUCUGAGGGUCGUGAUCAUUCUCGAUGUUGUGAGAUGGAGAACGUCCCAAAGGAGUGUCUCACUGGUUGUCGACACCCUUUCCAGGUGGCGGAUUCGUGCUUCGUUGCAUUGCCGAGAUUCUCAACAUGUUUCUCAGCGCCUCAUCUUGGCCUGCCACAGCCGGUUCAACGUCUGAAGGUGACAUUGAUCACUUCCGAUUCAGCGCUGCUCAUCUGGCAAGACUCCGAUUACAGUGUUACCGGAUAUAAAGUGGAGGUAUUUGAAGUCAUAAAAUCAGAAAGCUAUCGUUUGGAGAAUCUUUCGCCAUCUACUGAAUAUCGAGCCAGAGUGAUUAGUAAGAACGAACAUGGCGACGGUCCGCAGUCGUUCAAUAUCACCUUCACUACCCUGCCGCUAAGAAUUGCCGAUGGUGAUCGUCCGAAAGCUCCAGACGGUCUGAGUGUUGUGUGGAAUUAUGGGAAUCGUGUAAAUAUCACUUGGAAUCCGGUCACUUUACGUAUGGAUGAACGACCAGUUACCGGUGUCGUCACAUACACACUCUACUAUGUGGAAGUUGAAAAAACUGGGCAGUGGACUACGAUGCAAACGAAUAGCACCUGGUUGAUCAUAAAAGAUCUAACACGAGAUGCACUGUAUUCCAUUUAUGUGAUGGCAACGGAAAAGGAGAAAACUAGCCGAAGUUCAUCGGUGAUUACAGUACUCGCGCAGCCAGAUCUGUUGGGAUUACCGGAACCAGUUGUGAAAAUCAUUCCGGAUCACGCAGACGGUGUCUAUACGCAGAACGACAAAAUUCUGAUCAACUGUUCGGUGCCUGUCGAUAUCACUAAAGGACAUUUGAAUAUCGAUCUUAGUGCUGGAACCCAUUCGGCCAGUAAUGACCAUGGUGUCUCAUGGGUAGCUGAGGAACUGGAAGCGGAUUCGUCCGUCGACACCGUCACUUGUGCGGUAACGGAUACAGAUGGUCGUCAGAAUGUCGCCAUGCGACACUUACUUGUAAGAUUUGCCAAAAUGGACAAGGAGAAAGUGAGAGCGUUCGACGAUCAGUCAGCUGAUCUUACUUGCACUGGCUUUCCAUCGCCGGCAAUCCGUUUCGAAAUUGAAGGCAAAGCGGUAAAGGGAGAAACACGCGUGAAAGUCAUCGCCAUGAACACCUAUCGUGCUACACUACAUGUUCGUCCAGCGACUCAAACAGAGUCACUCUUGUGUUUCACUUUCCCAUUUUUUGCUUGCUUACUGGUCAUCUCGCGUGAACUGUUGCCAGUGAACCCGAGAUUGAUCCUGUCCUGUUGCGAGAAGGAGCAAAUCGAAGGGGAUUGUCUACAGGCGUGUUCCAUCGGAAAAGUGCGUAUUAUCAGUACAGUCAGACACGAGGUUGUUAAUAUAGAAUUUAUUAGAACACAAUUGCUGACGUUU